AUGGCGACGCCACGUACGACGACGACGACAGUCGAGAGCGCCGAAGCCAAUGGCGUCGCAGCGCUGUGUGCUGACGCGCGGGCGCUGGCUGUCAAGGGAGUUCUCAAGGCCAAGGCCGGCGACAACCUCAGCGCCAUCGCGCUCUUCGAAGCCAGCAUCGAUAUGGAGCCCGACAGCUGGAUCGUGUGGAAGCACUUGGCCAUGGCGCAGUUUGAUCUCUGGCACUACACGGCGACGCUGCCGCCGACGCCCGACGCCAUCGCCUUUCUCGAGCGCCACAAGACGUCGUCGCGCGAUGCGGCCAAUGUCUUCUUGCAGCGGGCGUACGACACCUUUAUCGUUGCGAUGGAGUACGCAGAGAACAAGACACACCCGGCGCUGCUCCUCCGGCUCGGGUUUCUAUACGUCGAGUUCCGUGCGUACGAAGGCGCGCUCACAGUGUGUACACUCCUCCUCGAGACGUGCCGCGAGUACACACACAAACCCAGCGCCAUCUUCCUCACAGCUGCCGUCGCAUCCAUGCUGCAGCACCCGCUCCAGAGCAGCGAGUAUUUUUCCCACAUCCUCGAAACACCGCCGUAUGCACUCGCGUCGUACCAGCUGCACCUGAUUGCAGGCACGUCGUGCAUGCAAUGCGAUAAGGACGCUGGCAACACCGAGGCCCACGAGCGCGCGCGUAUCCUGUAUGAAGCUGGCUACCAGCGCCUCUUGCGCGACUCUGACGACGACAUCCGGGAUGCUUCGCUGCCCGCGUCGGCCGCCACCGCCCUUUCGCUCUACCGGACGUCGCGCAAAACCGAGGCGGAGCGUCUCCAGCUCUGGAUUGCCGACGCGGCUCUGUGGGAGGAGCUCGCUUCCGAUGCAUUUGCCGCCAACCACGCGACAGUGGCCGCGAGCGCGCUCGAGUACGCGAUCGCGCGCGGCGGUGGCACCGCGCCGGCCAUCUUGCUCGUGCUCGGUCGCGUUCACAUUCGACUUGGCAACGCUGCGGUCGCGCAAGCGGCGCUGGAGCGUGCUUUGUACAUGGAGUACUACACGUCGCCCGCGAUCCGGUACUUUCUCGGCCUCGUGAGCCCGGCGUGGGCUUCGUACCUUGCCGCCGAGACGCGCGGUGCGACGCAGCUCGAGCGGCUCUACCGGGGCCACUGCGGACGCCGAUAUGCCGCCGCCUGCCGGCACGCGCGCAGCCAGCGCUGGCAGCGGAAAUGGUGUGUGCUUACGCUCUUCCAUGGCAAGUGCCGCGCCGCCGCUCUCGCCGUCGCCGAGCGCAAGGCGCGCGAGCUCGCACGCGAGGCGGCCGCGAGAGAUGCCAUGCACGCCAACGACGUCUACCUCCUCUUGCAGCGGUGGAAUGCAGCGGCGAGGCGCAUCCAGAGCUUGCUUCACAUCCAACGAGCAAAAAACGUCCGAGCGCAGCGGCGCGAAUGGGUCGCCCAGCACCGCCGGCUGCUCGAGCGCGUGCUCCGCCAUGGCAACGAGCGCUGGGUGCAAGCAUGCUUUGCGGCCUGCGUCGCCUUUCUGCAGCUCACGCGCCAUGAGAAGGCCGCUGCUGUCCUCGUGUUGCAGAGCAACGUACGGCGCUGGCUCGCGCGCCGUCGGUUUCUCGCGGCCAAGGCCAAGGAAGCCACCCACCGACGCCUCCUAUCGCUCUUUCUCGGGCAGCGCAGCGCGCAGCGCCGCCAAGCAACGUUUUUCGCGUGGUACACGCUGCACACGCAUGUGCGCGCAUCGAAGCAAGCGAGUGCGCUUCGUCUCCAGAGCUGGUGGCGCGGGCGCCGGGCGCUCUGGGAGUUCCGACACGCGAUGGCCCACCGACGGCGCGUGCUCAACCACGUCGAGGCCAUGGUCCUCGGGCGUCACGCCCACUGGCGCCUGCAGUGUUUCCGGCACUGGACAACGUACGUCGCUCAGCGCAUGGUCCUCAAGCACCAAUGCGCAACGCGCAUCCAGCGGCGCGUACGCGGUCUUUUAAGUCGCAAGCGCAUGCGCAGGCUCCGCGGUCGGCACGUCUACUGCGAGCGCAUGGUGGCGCACAUGCAGCGCCAACGGGCGUCGCGUCUCCUCGAGCGUGUACUUCACAUGUGGCUCCUCUACCUCGAGUUGCGGGCGCGGGAGAAAGAUCUGGCCGCGAUCUCGAUCCAGCGCUGUGUCCGCGGCCACCAGACGCGCCGCCAGUACCGGGGCGAGCGCGAGUACCACCAGAUCUACUACCCGCAUGUGCUUUCGACGCUACCGCUGGUCAUGGUGCCGCUGCGGCUUGUCUUUUUCGCGUGGAAGACCGCCCGCCGGUACCGAAGCGAGGUCCAAGCGCGCGCGGCCCACUGCAUUCAACGCGCGUACCGCCACUGCUUGCACCAACGGCGCGGUCGGCAGCUGCGGCAUCGCCUUCAGCGACAGCACGCGAUGCUUCUCUCGCUCCAGCGCACGUUCUAUGGCAUCGCCAAGCAAUUCUUUGACGUCUUGCGAGGGCUGCGAGAAGCCACAAGGGGAAAGCGCAAUGCGGCGGCUGUGGUGCUGCAGCGGUCGCUCCGCGGCUGGCUCGCGCGGCGCGUCGUCAAGCGCAUGGCCGCACAGCACACGGCGUCGCGAUCGCUCAUGCUACGCGUCGUGAACCACCGGUCGCGGCAGUGGAAGGAGCGCGUUCUGACCAACUGGAAGACGCUCGUGGCAGCGAUUCGGGACAGAAAGUGCGCGGCCGUCGUGCGCAUCCAGCGACGGUACAGAGCGCUGAUCGCCAUGCGCCGCGCCCGCAUCGUCAUGGACAAGAAGGCGCGGCAACUGCGGCUGCUCGCGCAGGCGACCACCAAGCCCAUUGCGCGCUGCUUUCAGCAGUGGGCAUCGAUUCUCAUUGCCAACGCUGUCGACGCGCUCCAGUCGCUCGCCGCGUCGCCGCUCCAGCGCAUGAAGGAGCUCGAGCGCUCGCAAACGUCAACGACGAUGCCAUCGCAACGCGAGUCGAACGCGGUCCCGACCAUGCUUUUCUUCCACGUCCUGACCCGCGUGCGCAACACGGGGCUCUGCCAAUUGCCGCCAGCACACGGCUUUGACGUCACGCAGCUCCGCCAGCUCUUUAGCCUCGCAACGUCCGUCAUCUCGGACGGUGGUCCUGCCCUGCAGCUGUCGACGGGCCAAGCGAUCGUCGAUGCGAUCUACCUCUCGAGCGCGAGUCCCGUGACCAAGCUCAUUCUGUACAACCACGCGCCGCUCGACCUCGUCAAGCUCAGCCGGUGCCUCUCCUUCCCGACGCACCACAUACAGUCGCUCGUGCUUGGCGGCACCAAACUCUCGGCGCGCCACGUGACCAGCCUCCAGAGCAACCCGCGCGUCACCGAACGCGGUGCGGCCGAGGUGCUGCGCGCGGCGGCCUUCGGGUCGCGCCGUCUCUGCGUCGAUGUGUAA